GGACUUUUAAGUAUGUAGUAGGCGUUGCUCCGUGAGCGGAAGUGUUCCGUUCACAUUCACCGCUCGACUUCGCAGACAUCUGACCUUAUGAGAUCUUCGGACAGCGCUGCUCUCCGAUCCUAACAGUCCAGCUCUAGAAGUUAAUCUAUGAUUGUGAGUCCGUUCAGGAUGCCUGGAUCACUUCCUGCUGUUUGUGAGGCCGCAUGGCCCAAGGAUGUGGGCAUCAUCGCCCUGGAGGUGUACUUCCCCUCUCAGUACGUGGAGCAGGCGGAGCUGGAAGAGUUCGAUGGGGUCUCAGCCGGUAAAUACACGGUGGGGCUGGGCCAGGCGCGCAUGGGCUUCUGCUCGGACCGCGAGGACAUCAGCUCUCUGUGUCUGACCGUGGUGCAGCGGCUGAUGGAGCGCAGCGGCCUGUCCUACAACAGCGUGGGCCGGCUGGAGGUGGGCACAGAGACCAUCAUCGACAAGUCCAAGUCCUCCAAGACUGUCCUGAUGCAGCUGUUCGAGGAGUCGGGCAACACUGACGUGGAGGGAGUGGACACCACCAACGCCUGCUACGGAGGAACCGCUGCGCUCUUCAACGCCGUCAACUGGGUGGAGUCCAGCUCCUGGGACGGGCGCUAUGCUCUGGUGGUUGCGGGGGACAUUGCUGUGUACGCCUCGGGCAGUGCCAGGCCGACGGGGGGAGCUGGAGCCGUGGCCAUGCUGGUGGGACCCAACGCCCCUCUGGCCUUCGAGAGAGGGCUUCGUGGGACACAUAUGCAGCAUGCGUAUGAUUUCUAUAAGCCAGAUAUGGUGUCUGAGUAUCCGGUGGUGGACGGCAAGCUUUCCAUCCAGUGUUACCUCAGCGCUUUAGACCGCUGCUACUCCGUCUACAGGAACAAGAUCCACGCCCAGUGGCAGAGAGAGGGUCUUGACAAGCGUUGCAGUCUUGAAGACUUCGGCUUCAUGGUGUUUCACUCUCCUUACUGUAAACUGGUGCAGAAGUCUCUGGCUCGACUGAUGCUCAAUGAUUUCCUGUGUCAUCCCAGUCCAGACACCGAGAGCGGGCCCUUCAGCGGACUGGAAGCUUUCAGAGAUGUGAAGAUAGAGGACACUUAUUUCGACAGAGGUGUGGAGAAGGCCUUUAUGAAGGCCAGCUCAGAAGCGUUUGAGAACAAGACCAAGGCGUCUCUCCUGAUCUCAAACCAGAAUGGUAACAUGUACACCCCGUCAGUGUACGGCUGCUUGGCUUCGGUUCUCGCUCAACACACACCACAGCAGCUGGCAGGACAGAGAAUCGGUGUGUUUUCAUACGGCUCAGGCUUUGCUGCUACGCUCUACUCCAUCAAAGUCACACAAGACGCUACACCUGGAUCUGCUCUGGAUAAGCUGGUCUCCAGUCUGUGUGACUUGCAGGCCAGACUGGACUCCAGGAAGAAGGUUUCACCCGAUGUUUUUGCUCAGAACAUGAAGCUCAGAGAAGAAACCCAUCAUUUAGCAAACUACACCCCUCAAGGCUCGGUGGAGGAUCUCUUCCCGGGAACAUGGUACCUGACUCGUGUGGACGAGAAGCAUCGCAGACAGUACUCCAGACGCUCGAUGAGCGCUGAGCGACCGCUGGAGGCCGGACUCAUCACUUCCUGCAUGGAGGCUGAGCAUAUUCCCAGCCCGCUCAAGAAGAUGCCCCGCAUCCCAUGCACCACAGCUGGCCCCGAGGGGCUCGUCAUCAGUAACGGGGAUCAUUAAGUUUACCUCUGUGAGGUGCUCACAAUGGCAGAUCACAUGAUCUGGAAAAA